GGCUCCGCUCCCGCUCCGGUUCCUCCUCCCGGCGCUGCUCGGGGGGGCGGCGGGGCCGCGGUGAGGGCGGGCCGGGCUCGGGCUCCGCUCCCGCUCCGGUUCCUCCUCCCGGCGCUGCUCGGGGGGCGGCGGGGAAGCGUGAGGGGAGCGCCUCCCCUCAGGCCGAGCCGUGCGGAGCCGAGCCGUGGCAGCGCCGUGCCGUGAGGGGAAAAUGGCCUCUCGCAGAAUCACCCGUGAGACAUUCGAGGCCGUGGUGCAGGAUAAAGUUAAACGGUACCGCGAUGCCGCGGGGGAUUCCUCCAUGCAUCGUUUCAAAGCUCCCCCCAGGCCGCUGCCCCGGCCCCGCUACGACGCCGACGGGAGGUUCAACUGCCAGCAGGAGGAGUGGAGCGAGGAUCCCAGGGACGAUUAUCCCCUGGAGGAAUAUCCUGGAGAAACCUACCCCGGCCCUUCCUACCGACCCGGCAGCCCUUUAAUCCGCAAGGAGAAUUAUUUCCACGGACAAUUCUCCCGCCCCGCCCCGCGGCAGCGGGAAUUCGGCCGGGAGUACGGGCGGCCCGCCCCUCAAAACAGGGAAUUUGGGCGUGGGGCUGUUCCCAACAGGGAAUAUCAACAGCAAAACCGGGAAUAUCAACAGCAAAACCGGGAGUACGGACAGCAAAACCGGGAGUACGGGCGGGACAGGGAUUAUGGGCAGGAUUAUUGCUGGGAGGGCAGCGGGCAGCACGAGCCAGAGUUUGGCUCUUCAGAUGUUUUGGGGGAUUUUAGGUCGCCUGGGUUGAUGGAGGAAGAGUUUGGCACCGUGGAAAAUCAGGAAUAUGAGGAGGAGGAGGAGGAGGAGUUUGGGGGGCCCGACGCUGAGUUCAGGCUGCGCCGGGGUAACGUGGGCAGGGGGAGGGUGUUGAGGGGGAAACGCCUCACCAGGGGGGUGGUGAAACCCAAAGGGUUCAAAGGAGACCUCAAAAGCCCCCCGAAGAAGUGGAAUGUGAAGAAAGCACAGCCAGGGCUGGAGGGCAAAGCUCUGGAGCAGCCUCUGGACGUGGCCGAGCGCCCCUCCGGGCAGAGACCCCUCCAGCAGCACCCCAAGGUGCCCCCCUCACACCCCCUGGCAGCGCAGAGACCCGUCCUGAGGCUGCCGAAACCCGCCCACGUCUUCAGGAACCUCAGCUUCGACCUGGUGGACAAAUCAGACAUUUUCUCCACCUUCGGCAUCGAGAUCAUCAAGUGGGCGGGGUUCCACGCCAUCAAGAACGACGCCGAGUUCUCGCGGCUCUUCGGGGCGCUCUUCGAGCUGGAGACCGAGACCUGUGCCAAAAUGUUGGCGUCCUUCAAGUGCUCCCUGAGGCCGGAGCACAGGGAUUAUUGCUUCUUCACCAUCAAGAGCCUGCAGCACGCCGCCCUGAAAACCCCCAAGGUGGAUAAUGAGUUUUUGAACAUGCUGCUGGACAAGGGGGCGGUGAAAACUAAGAAUUGCUUCUUUGAGAUCAUCAAACCUUUUGAUAAGUACAUCAUGAGGCUGCAGGACCGGCUCCUGAAGGGGGUGACGCCCCUGCUGAUGGCCUGCAACGCCUACGAGCUGAGCAUCAAAACCAACGGCUUUGGCAACCCCAGGGAAAUGGCCAACGCCUUCGAGACCACCGUGUCCCUGUGCAGGAAAUCCCUGGCUCUGCUGGGCCAGACUUUUGCUCUGGCCUCUGUUUUCAGGCAGGAGAAAAUCCUGGAGGCCGUGGGGCUGCAGGAGAUGGCGCCGGCGCCGACGGCGUUCCCCAAUUUCGACGAUUCCACCUUGUUCGGCAGGGAGUACAUCGAGAACCUGAAGGCGUGGCUGGAGAAGAGCGGGUACCCCAUCCAGAUGAAAAAGGCAGAGGCAGAGCCCACAGAGCAGCUCAAAGCAGCUUCCCCCGACAGCAAAGGCCCCCAAAGAGCUGACAGGAAAAUUUUGGACACAAUUGAGCAGCUGGUGACCAACAUGGUGUCAGGAACUUUAUCUGCCAAAGACAGGAAUGCUCAGAAGAAUUGUCCUGAAUAUUGGUUCCUGUCAGAUGAGGAGAGCCUGGAGUACAAAUACUUCAGGCUGAGGCUGGCGGAGGCGCAGAGGAGGAGCCUGGCCCCGGGGUCGCUGCGGGCGCUGCUGUGCGCCAGGAGGGUGGCGAGCAUCAAACGGAGGCUCUGCAGGAGGAGGAGCAGAGCUGGGGCUGGCCUGAGGGCAGCCAGGGCCAGGAGGGUGAGGAGGGCACACACAGCCACCCAGACUGGGCUGAGGCAGCAGGAGAGGAGUGCCAGGAACCUGCCAGGACCUGGGGGUGUGACCAGGAGCCUGCCAGGACCUGGGGGUGUGACCACAAAUCUGCCAGGACCUGGGGGUGUGACCACAAAUCUGCCAGGACCUGGGGGUGUGACCACAAAGCUGCCAGGACCUGUGGGUGUGACCACAAAGCUGCCAGGACCUGUGGGUGUGACCACCAAGCUGCCAGGACCUGGGGGUGUCACCACCAACCUGCCAGGACCUGGGGGUGUGACCACAAACUUGUCAGGACCUGAGGGUGUGACCACAAAGCUGCCAGGACCUGUGGAUGUGACCACAAAGCUGCCAGGACCUGGGGGUGUGACCACAAAGCUGCCAGGACCUGUGGGUGUGUCCACCAAGCUGCCAGGACCUGGGGGUGUGACCACAAAGCUGUCAGGACCUGGCUUGGGUGUCACCUCAACCCCUGGAGGUGUCACCUCAACUGGAGGUGUGACUUCAGCCCUGCCAGGACCUGCCCUGGAUGUCACCUCAACCCUGCCAGGACCUGGCUUGGGUUUGACCUCAACCCCUGGAGAUGUGACCUCAACUGGAGGUGUUGCUACAAACCUGCCAGGACCUGGCCUGGAUGUCACUACAAACCUGCCAGGACCUGUGGAUGUCACUACAAACCUGCCAGGACCUGGGGAUGUGACCACAAACCUGUCAGGACCUGGCUUGGGUUUGACCUCAACCCCUGGAAGUGUUGCUACAAACCUGCCAGGACCUGGUCUGGAUGUGACCUCAAGCUCUGCAGGUGUCACCUCAACUGGAGGUGUCACCACAGCCCUGCCAGGACCUGGCCCAGGUGUGAGCUCAGCCCUGCCAGGACCUGGCCCAGGUGUGAGCUCAGCCCUGCCAGGACCUGGCCCAGGUGUCAGCAGCUCCCAGGUGCCCGAGGCAGGGGAGGGAAAAGCAGAAGCUGAGGAGCUGCUGCUGCCCCUGGGAUCUCAGUUCCCUGAUGUGGAUGCCAAAACCAUGGAAACUGCAGAAAAACUUGCCAAGUUUGUGGCUCAGGUGGGACCAGAAAUUGAACAGUUCAGCAUUGAGAACAGUGCAGACAACCCUGACCUCUGGUUCCUCCAGGACCAAACCAGCCCUGCCUUCAAAUUCUACAGGAUGAAAGUUUAUGAGCUGUGCCCCUCCAUCACCUUCACCCCUGAACCCACCAAACCCUCCCAGGGAACCCCAGAACUCUCCGAGGAGGAGGAAGAAGAGGAAGACGACGAUGAAGAAGAGGAAGAAGAAGCAGAACUGGAGCCCCCCCAAGCUGCAGGAGAGGAGGAUGAGGAUGAUGUGGCAGCAGGAAGAAGGGUGGCUCAGCUGGAGGAGGAUUUGCUCCCCAGGCCAGCAGAGGAGGGGGCAGCAGGGGAGGGGCGACUCUCCAGCCCCAACCUGUCGGCGCAGGCGCCCGGCGCGCCCUUCCCACGCAAGAGGGUCAGCAGCAAAUCCCUCAAGGUGGGCAUGAUCCCGGCCUCCAAGAGGAUCUGCCUCAUUGAGGAGCCCAAAGUGCAUGAACCUGUCAGGAUUGCUUAUGACAGACCCCGGGGCUGCCCUGUCACAAAGAAGAAAAAGAAAGCCAAGGAUCUGGAGUUCCCCCAGAAGAGGCUGAGCCCCAGGAACGUGGGGUUCCAGAUGCUGCAGAGGAUGGGAUGGCAGGAGGGGCACGGCCUGGGCUCCAGGGGCAGGGGCAUCAGGGAGCCCGUGCACCUGGGUGCAACCUCUGCAGGGGAAGGUUUGGGAGUGGCAGGGGAGGAGAAUCAAGAAGAUGCUUUUGAUAUUUUUCGUCAGAGAAUGAUCCAAAUGUACCGACAGAAAAGGGCAAACAAAUAGCUCCAGGCUCUCUUCCAUGAAGACCCUGUUCCCUCUGUGCUGUCCCUGCUGGUUUUUGGUUGGAUUUUUCCUGCAGGAAUUCCCUCCAAGGAGCAGAAAAAUGAACAUUUCCCCCAUUUUAGUGUAAGUAACUCUGGUAGAAAUGUUAAAUCUCUGGUAGCUGCAAUAAAUAAAUGUAGAGCUGGGCAAUUUCUGGUUCCUGUGAUGUUUGAUUUUUGAUUUCUGCUUGUGAUUUUGGCCAUUUGUAGGAGAUAUGCAAUUUUAUUUCGAUUCAAUUCAUUCAAUUAAUUUUUUUUUUUAAUUCCUCUGGGUGCAGAGCAGGAUUUUGGGGUCAAAAAUGGAUUUUUGGGAUGGGAUUCCUCACCAAAAACUGGAAUUAAUUCCCAUGCUCAGCCUGGUUCUGCUCCUUUCCCCCAACAAGAAUCUGCUCCAAUUCCCAUUUUUUGCCAAAAUUCAGAUUUUUGGGGGAAAUCUUCCAAUCUCCUGCAUUUUUUUCCUUUCCUUUCCUCCACCUGGUUUUCCUUUCCAUGCACCAAAAUCCUGGAGCAUUUUUUCUUUUUUUUUUCUUUUUUUUAAUCCACAAAAAAACCAUUGUGCAUUUUUCCCUUUUUUCCCCCUUUUUUUCUCCUUUUUUUCCCCUUUUUCCCUUUUUUAAUGUAUCAAACUUGUGAUUUUUUUUUAAUUUCAUCAAAUGCCCCACAGCUCCCCUUUUAUCCCCAGGAAUAAAUUUCAAUUUAGGUUUCAAUUUCCUUCCUUAAAACUUUUCACUUUCCCAUCCCUCUGUGAUUUCUUGUUGCCUUUAAAUCCAAAUUAUUUUGGAUUUUUUAAUUUUGUUUUCUUCUCUUUGGUGUGAAAUAAUUUUUUCCUAUUUAUUUUGGGGUUUUUUAUUGGGAUUUUUUUUUUUAUUUUAUUUUUUAGAAGACACUACAGCAUCCUUAAUAUAAAGAUUUAAUUAUUUCCCAUAAAUCAAUAUAAAAUUUUUUUUUAUCCCUUUUUUCCCCACUCUACUUUCAAUUUAUGAUGACCUCAAAAAUCCAAAUAUUCUUUUGGAUCAUUUAAUACCCUACAACAAUUUUCUAAUUAAAAUUAUAAAAAAAACAAUCAGAAAAUCUUUUUAAUCACCUUUUCAAUCCUGCAUAUCUCACACCUGAGUGGCCAAUCACAACCUGAGCAAAAAAAAAAAAAAAAAAAGCUGAAAAAUGAGAAUAUACUCAAAAAAACCAAUGGGAUCCUUCUGAAAUAAAUCAAAUUUUGGGUUUGUUUCUUUUAUUUUUGGUGAACUUUGUGAAGUGGGAGCCUUGGCUGGGAGCUGUUGGCAUUCUCUGUGGGCAAUAAAAUUCUGGCUGUUUGAGGAA